GAACCCGACACUGGCCAUCGUCUUCGUGGACAAAGUGCCUCACUUAAUCUGCUGUUUCCGGGGGGAAGUUGCGAUAUGGAUUCUAGCCGGCGCUGCUUCCGUUCAUUUUCUAAUCGUCCUCGCACUAUCUGAGAAAUCUCUUCGCCACUGAGGUGAUCCGCCCUAGACAUCCCCGCCUUCAUGCCUUGAAUGCAAGUUGACCACGAUUUUUGUGGUUUUUGUUGACAUUGAACAGGGGUGAACAUUACGGCGCUAGCUUGAUUUAGAUAAUUUGAAGUUACUACAAAUGUUCAUAAUUAGUUCUAGAGUUGGGAGGUAGACGCCUACAGUAGCGUCUGAAGACAAUGUUUGUGGUGCAUUUGGACACUCAGCUGCUGGAGAUUUCGGGGAAGCAAUCUCCAAGACGAUGACGAAGAGGUCCCGUUUGCAAUUGUACAAAAAGUUCCGUUUACAUUUUAACUUAUGGGCCCUCUGGAAAUUCAUCCUUCUUCUAAACUCUGUAAUGGGUUUGUUUCUCGGGGCAAGGACGAAUGCCAAAGGUUGUCAGAGAAAUUUGCAAGCUUUCUUUGGCACAGUAGAUCAAGAUGGAAAUGGCGAAAUUGAGCAACGCGAAGCUUCGAAGUUCCUGCGGAAGUUGGACGUGCAAAUGGCAGAUAAAGGUGGUAUGGAUACAAAAGAGGGUAUGAGUGAGCUGAUGGCGUCAUCACAGUUUGGCUUCAAUUUCAGCUAUGGCGGCAGCACUAUAUCCGCAGAAGAAAUUCUGGAUCACCUGUCAGACAUGAUGACUGCAAAUCAUGUAGUGAAUUGGGUUACUCAUGGAUUAGAGCUUCCACAAUAUGCAGAAGCAUUCCGUCAGAAUGCUAUUAACGGAAUGGAUUUUCCAGCACUCAUUGAGAACGACAGUGAAGCUUUGCUUCAGGAUCUUGGAAUCAAGAGUAAUCUACACCGUACUAAAAUCACACAUGCUUUGGUGAGACAAAUUUUUGGAAUUGGUACAGUUCCAGGUCCAAUUCGCUCAUUGCAAUGCUACCCAUCCAGUUGUGGCGGUGUACAGCUCUCAUGGGAAGAUCCUAUCAAUCGUGGUGUGCCUCCCUUGCACAAGUAUUUGAUUGAGCGUUGGUCAAAGACUCUUUCUACCUGGACAAAUGUGGCUGAUACAAAUGAAGUUGCCUUCCUGGAUAGAAACGAUAUUAAACUCGGUAAGUAUUACACAUAUAGAGUGCAAAGCUGGGGCAAUCACGGCUCAUCUAACUGGGUUACCGUAGAUGGUUGUAGAAAAGUUUUGACUCCCUCGCCUUCCAAACUGGACAUUGAGGAUACGCUUCCCUCGCAGAUGGCAGGCCAGGUUAUUGCAAGUUUGGGCCCAGAGUUGUUGGUGCAGAGAGGAUUCAAUUCCUCUCAGGAAGAGAAAAGUGGUAUAUGGACUUGUAUAAACUCAGGAGUUAUACUGCUUCUAGCCUUGUUCUCAAGACACACCUUCUUCUUUGACAUAACUCUGGCUGCUUGGGCUCUUUUGACGAAUCAUUUGCACCACACGUUGAGGCAAGGGUUAGAUAGCCCUUACCUAUCAGUGAAGUUAGUGGCACGUUCUAUAUCAUUGGAUUCAAGGAGGGCCACACUGAAGAGUCUAAGCGAACCGUUCUUAAAAAGUCCCUUUGAGGGUGAAGGAGAGCUGAAUGGGGGAUAUUUUGAGACUCAAUCUAUUCAAAGUACAGGUACAGAUAAUAUUUUGGAGGCAAGCAGUGUUGGACGUCAAACGAGUUUAGGUGGCUGGAGAGGCUCGUCUCUCAACAACAGUGGUCGAGAAACAGAAUGUCAGGAUAUGAUAAAUAAGGCGGUGUUGUUCCCACCAUCAACUCCAGCGCAGGACACAGAGCUACUUCCUAUUCCUUUUAAGCGCAGCAAAAGCAGGUGCAACCAUGAAGGUUGUAAGGUACGCUUUAAUCGGUGGCGAUCAUUUCAAGACUGGUGGAUGAAGCUUAAUAAACAUUAUUGUCGAGAAUGUCAGUGUGUCUAUUGUGUGAAACACACCCGGAUUUCGCCUCAUGGACCACGUGGCCAAUGCGGAUUAGAGAGCAGUUGCUACUGCUACAAGUGCUUCGCUAACUUAACUCCUGAAAGCAAACGCAGGCUGGAAGAGCAAAACAGGUUACGUGUUGGCCAGUUUGUAACUACUGAUUCAUUAUCUUCCUCGUCAUUUUCGUCGUGGUCCUCAACGUCAUCCCCGUCGUCAUGGUCCUCAUCGUCAUCCUCGUCAUCAUCUUCGUCGUCGUCAGUGGGUAGUUCAAAGCAGAGAUUCAGCAGUUCAUCCAACACCUUCAUAGCUGGCGCUGGUCUCCCUGCCCCCCUUAGCGACACUGCGGAUUCAGACUAAGAUAUAAAUGGAUUACUUGAUUUUAGGGAUGUAAUCGCUGCUAGAUUUGUAGAUGCAUCAAAUGCAGCAUCCGAUGCAGGAGUUCCUGAAGACUCAAUUGCUCGAGUGGUUUCAAGGGGUGGAUAUAGGAGACCCGGAAGUUGUGCUUAACAAGGCGCGCCUUUCAAGAACAUUCUUCAUUCUUGUCAUUGAAUGUCAAAAUAUGCAGAUUGGUAAAGCAACCUGGAUGAUUUACCUGCGAAUCUUUUUGGACAUAAACAGGUGGCUUUUGUACAAUAUAAACGUUCUCUGGAAGAACAGUGCUUAUUCGAUGUGCAAAUGACUACAAAUUAGAUUAGGAACAUAGCAGUACCAAUGAAUUCAUACGGAUUUUCAUGCUUAAGAAAUCCUUGAGCUCUUGCCAUGCAGUUUUAAAACAGCAUAUUUCAAAAACUUCCCAUCUGUUAUAAUGACAACUGUAUAUAGCGGUUGAACUGGGAAAAUCGUCAGCUAGUGUAAAAUUAGCCGAGAUGAGUGCCAAAAUUUCCGUUUCAUGGCAGAAUAUUUUGGGACUAUCACUGUCUGUUGGAGAAAUUGUCAGGGUCACGAUUUAGGGUUGUGGUUGUUGAAAGAAGUGAACGCAGAACAACCCAUCACUGUCCACUACCUACGCAACCAAUUAAGUUUAGAAUUAUAAUAAAUAGCAUUGUGUUCAUAUAUGAUUAUUUACAACACAAAUAUAUCAUACAACUACGUGAAAAGCAGUUAGAAGUUGAA